AGAUAUGGUGAGGCUCACCGCUGAUUUGAUCUGGAAAAGCCCUCAUUUCUUCAAUGCCGUCAAAGAACGCGAGUUAGACCUUCGAGGCAACAAGAUCCCUGUAAUCGAAAACUUGGGAGCUACUGAGGAUCAAUUUGACACCAUUGAUUUAUCUGACAAUGAGAUUGUGAAGCUAGAAAAUUUACCCUAUCUUAACCGGUUGGGAACUAUGCUCAUAAAUAAUAAUAGAAUUACCAGAAUUAACCCUAACAUUGGAGAAUUCUUGCCAAAGUUGCAUACGCUAGUUCUCACGAACAACAGGAUUGUCAACUUAGUCGAAAUUGAUCCCCUCGCGUCCCUUCCGAAGCUCCAGUACCUUAGCUUGCUAGACAACAACAUUACGAAGAAGCAGAAUUACAGGCUUUAUGUUAUUCACAAGCUGAAGUCUCUUAGGGUUUUAGAUUUCAAGAAAGUGAAAAACAAGGAAAGAUUGGAGGCAAAGCGCUUGUUUGAUUCAAGGGAAGCUAUAGAUGAAGUUCAAAAGUCACCGCCAAAAAGAAUUUCACCUCCUGAAACUCCAAAUGUUCCAGAAGUUGCUGAAGAACAACAGACGCCCAAAGUGGUUGCUCCCACACCAGAGCAAAUCAUUGCUAUUAAGGCUGCCAUUGUGAAUUCACAGACCCUUGAAGAAGUUGCAAGACUUGAAAAGGCACUGAAGUCUGGUCAGCUUCCAGCCGAUUUUGAAGGUUUGAAUGACAAUAUGGUGUUGGAUAAUGCUCAUGAAAAGCAUGAGGAGACGAUUCAAGAAAGCAAAGAUCAAGCUGACGGUGAAUCUGAUGAUACGAAAGAGCAGAAGGAUACUGAUACUUCUCCAAUGGAACAGGAGUAGAGCAAGGAUUUUGUAGUAUUCCUAUAGCCUCGCGAAUUUCUUCAAUGUUGGGUUCUAGGGUAAAAAAUCUAGGUGAUUUUCCUAGGUGUGCUUGAUGAAGCUCCAGCCUCCAGACAUGUACCAAAGUGUGUAGGACUAAAUAGGCAAGUAUUUUAAACCAUUUUUGAGUCUCUUGAAUUGUUUGGUACUUAGGGUUUCUUUUCCGAUCAUGAUGUAUCAAUGCUUUAGUGUUUUCAUGUAUUGAAAAGUUGUCUUCACUCUUCACAAUGAAUAUGAUACUUUCGUCCAUAGUCACUCAUUUGCAGGCUUCUUAAGAUGUCCA